AUGCCUGAAGACAGUGAGGCAUCCGAGAAUUGGUUACUCGACAACCAGAGCUCAGCUUUAAACGCCCUGUAUCUGCGUCUUGCGUUCCUUGUUGAACAAGUUAGGUAUGAAGUGGGAAAAGGGAAUAGAGACUAUCGAGAGCUUCAACAUUGGAUUAUACAGCAUGAUUUGACUAAAGCGUCAAGAAAGAACACCAGGAGAGUUUUGCUGUGCUGGCGUCCUACAUCGUCAUUGAUGGGCGACUUAGAAGAACAAGCAUGCAUGCUACAGGAUUUUUCUAACAUCGCGUUCGGGAUUACCCAGGUUGAGCUCCAAUCGUUGGAGAAAACGGAGGCGAGACUGGUGCAGUGUUUUAAUGCUUUCCGUAGCUUCAGCUCUCUCCACGAGCCAAUAUUCGCCGGGCUAGGCAUAUUAAGCCUUACGCCAGGUUGCCCAUUCGACAGCUCGCUGGAAGCCAUUUAUCGGAUGUUGACAUUAUCAUCUAAGGCGGAUAUCCUCCGGGUAUGGGAACCGAUAGCUAAAGCUGUAUCUGGGAUUUCUAUACGAGCCUACAACGACCGCGAGAAGUUGGACGUCGUAAAGCUAUUUAAUCAUUUCAAAACACGCGAAGAUAGCGAGAAGUCAAAGCUUCGAGGCAAGGGGGAGUUCGUAACAGAUAUUUCCGACUCUAAAUGGGCCCGAUUUUGUGAAUUCUACCGCAAGUUUGACACCACACAAGGGGCUCUCGAGGGCGUCGCUAGAAGGGAAAUAUUGUAUUUCCUACGCAAUCCUAGCAACAGAGAUGAAUCUUUGGACGAAAUGUCUAAGCUUCUGUCAGCAUCGUUAGAUUAUGCGGAGUGA